AUGUUCGUGGCUCCAGCGUAUCUUAAUGACACAAAAGGACUUUUCAAAUACCUGUUCGACGACAACGGUUAUGACACUAGGGUGAUACCUAUUGAGGACCAGAACGAUACAUUGUUUGUGCACGUCCAUUUCUUCCUAAUGCGAGUAAGCGAGAUUGAUGAGGUCAAGGAGACUAUGACAACGGUAGUGUAUUUCUACAUGGGGUGGUGUGACGAUAACUUGAAAUGGAAUACCACCAUGUUCAACGACAUAGAUCAUAUCCAUGUGCCGCAAUCCGAUGUCUGGAAACCAGAACUCCCACUAGAAAAUGGAAUAGCGAAAAUGAACGAAUUUGGUGACCCUAUCAGAUUAAUGCUGGUAUGGUUCGAUGGUUUUGUUCAAUGGUGGCCGUUUGAGGUACUUACAACAACAUGCGCUAUCGACAUAACAUAUUAUCCGUUCGACAAACAAACUUGCCAUAUCAUAUUUGGAGUCUGGACAUACACUUUGGAGGAAAUUGACGUAUCCAUGUAUGCUUCUGACAUAGACAUGAGCGAAUAUCAGACGAAUGGACAAUGGGAUGUCAUCAAAACCUCUGCAGUAAAAUCUAAUUCGUAUGGGAAGGCUUUGGUCACUUUUUCGAUCACUAUGAAGAGAAAGCCCCAGUACAUAAUAAAUUCUGUUGUUUUGCCAAUAAUGAUGCUGUCGAUUCUCUCCGUCUUCACCUUCGUCCUGCCAAUCGACUGUGGGGAAAAGAUGGGCUUUUCGAUGACUCUAUACCUUGCCUUUGCUGUUUUUCUAACCAUC